AUCUUCGCUACUUUGGCUUUAUGGAUUACUAGGAGGGGCUUUCCACUUUGUUACGUCGAAUGAACUUGAAAAAAUGAAGUGUAUUGGAAGUAACUUGAUAAAUGUAAAGGUAAAUUACGUGAUAAUUCUAUACUACAUGUCUUGUUACUUACAACUACUAUUACUAUUGCAUUCUAUUUAUCUACGAAAUGUUUUCUCAAUACAUUAUUUACAUCAUUCUACGGUGGCUUAUUUAAACGUGUUGUAAUCAUAGUUUUACUUUCAGACAAACGUAGAUAUGGAAAAUAUUGUACUUACUUUGGGAACACUAAGUUCCGUGUGUUGUAUCAACCAAGAAGGUGUUAUAAGUCAGUCGUUGCCAACUCCAGAGAAAAUGUUUUUCUUUCACAGACGCCACCACAAUCAUCACCAUCAGGAGAGUUUUGGUACAAACAGGUCUCGAAAUGUCUAUAAAUCAAACUCAAAAGCGGAAGAACGUUUGGAUCAUCAAAAUUCUAAAUCAGGCCAACUGAACACGCCUGGUUUUCCGCGCACAAAAAAACAAUGUGUUGGACUUAAUCAAGGAGAACUUUGCGAGACUCAAAGUCCCAUCCAAAAUCAGCUACCCACUAACUGUGAUUCUAAUGAUACACCUGGUUUUCAACGAAGUGCUGUGUUUCCACUGAGCAGUUGUAUUGCACCGGUAGUUCUAGACUUACGAACCGAUUUUUAUCGACCCUUUUUAUCGCAUUUCGAAAGGCCGCGCUGGGAUCGUUUCCUUUCAUCGCUUAAACCAAUCGGUUUAUCGAUUCUUCUCAACAAUUGUCACUCUGCUAUUGCGAAACAGAGAAUUGGCUUUUUUGAAAAAGUAAAUGCAACUCAAAAAUAUUUCGAUUCUUCGUCAUGUAUUACUGCACUGCCGCUUACUUUCUGUCUGUGUGGUCUUGCAAGCCAGAUAGGAUUUCGUGAUGGUGCCCUAAGUGGUUUUGGCACUCAUGGAUGCUUGGGUGCUUAUUCUAUUUGCUCAGCCGCAUAUACUUCUAAUUCUAACGCUACUGAUGUGAAAAGUAAAUUAUCUUCCGAAGAAAUCCUCCCGACAAAAGAAAAUACAAAUUAUGACCGAAUUCAUUUGGCUUAUUGCUUUAGCUCUGUCUUCUCUGAUCCAAAUAUCCAAAGUGGUUAUCAACUGCUCUCUCAAGGUACUGGUGAUAUUCUUGCUAGCUUGUGUUCUGAUGUUUGGGAUGGGCGGGAUAUUGUACCACUGUCAGAUAGAGAACGUGAACUAAUCUUGGGGUUCCACAAUCGUCAUCUGUCGUCUGCAUACUGUAUUGGAUUCGCUUAUUCUCCGUUGGUUGAUAAAAUUGAGGAAUCUUAUCGACUGUUGUUGGGUAAUCUCUCUAGUUCGUCAGAUAUCUUCAUGCUUCGUUUACCAGGAUCUGAUGAUAUUUCACCAGUAAUACAGCGAAAGCGAUCGGAAAAAGAAGGGUGUGAUAAAACGGAAGGAACGUAUUCAAAUGAUAAACUUCUAAAACAUUCACCGUCUAAGAGAAGUGAUAGAUUUUCUAGAAAACAUCGAAUUAACCAUAAUCGAAUAAGUAGUAAUUUUGGUGAGUAUGAUAGUAACUGUUUGGUUUUGAAUGAAUUUCCAAAUGCUAAUUUUGUUUCGGAAACUGAUCAUUGCAAAAGUAACGCUGAUAACUUGGAUCAUGAUAAGAAGAGUAAUGUACGUACUGAUCAGAAAGAAGUGGACGUUAUACUGAAUAAUCAAAUAUUCUUAGGUCUAAUAAGUAUGCAGUAUCAGGCAAAUCCUCAAGUUGUAAAGUCCAUUAAACAACUUCAUCAAGCUUGUAUACGAUUUGUACAUUUUUCUCGAGAAAAUGAACUUCGAAGUAGAGUGUUCGCUGAACGUUUGGGGUUAGAAUGUGGUUGGAAUUGUCAUAUAUCGCUUAGGAGUCCUAAUUCUGUUAGUAAUCGCAAAUCCGUUGGUCUGCCUAAAGAAUUCCGUAAAAGCUAUAAAUUUUCAUUCGGAACUGAUUUGUUCGUCACUGAAGGAAAAUACUUUGUUGGUUCCCAUCAGACUAAGCGAUGGUCAAGUUCUCCGGCACUAGCAACGUCAUAUCCUUCAAAAUUCGGGUCCACAUCUGAUCCACAGUUCUUUCAAUCUACUCCAUUUCCUGAGUAUUGUGAAGCAAACUGUUUGAAAUCAAUCUCUCCAUGUUUGAAUUCCCGACAAAUUGACUCUGACUUUGAAUCUUCAUGCUCUCAUAAUUUCGCUCAUGCUGUGUCUACCAGUUACCUUCAGCAGAUUCGUUCAAACGAAAUAGGUCCAAAGGAAUCAUUCGGUUCAUAUCACUUGUCCUCGUCAAGUAAUUCAACUAGUUCUGUAUCGCUCUCAGUAGAUGAACAAAGUGAUAAUUCUGAAGAAAUAAAAUUGUCGGAAUUGUUGGUCAGGAACAAGUCCCGACUUCCAUGUGGAAUCGAUAACAUACGCCCACAUUUAGAAAAUGUCGAUAACGUUCCAUUACAAGUAUCAUUGUUUACUGAUUGUACACCUAAAGCUGUUAGCGAAAUGAUUCAAAUAAUGAAAGAAUAUGGGGAUACUGUUUGCUUAAUUGGAAGCUGUUAUUCAUUAACCAACUAUGUAUUGUUUCAACAAAGUGAUGUAGCUAUUGCUGUGAAACCUAUUCUACCCUACUCGAAUUGUCAAUUUGCAAAUACCAAGUACAUUGUCUCGAAUCAAUCUGUUGAUCUGUUAACAAGUGAUCUCCAGUCAGAAGAGUUUAGUUGUUCGAAAAAAAACCCGACUUCUACACAUCAGGAAGGUGAUACUACAAAUUUUAAUACAUUCGACAUUGCUGCACAUCUUGUACGCUUAGUUACACCUUGUCUUUUGGAUAUAGAGAAAACAGGAUUUCAUGUUUACGAUCUUAUUGUUGAGGCUCACGCCAGUGUUAAUAACCUCUAUCAUUGUUUGGUGUUCAGUUCAACAACUCCGUUAGCAGUUGGUUUACUACAAUUACUACUAUUAAUAAUCGGGUUACCUACACGACCUGUUGUUUUGCUAGAUGUGCGAUCAAAUCUUCAACAAGGCGAAUUAAUUUGGCUGCCUGUGGAACCAUUUCGAUCAGUUAUUUUUGGUUCAAGUGAAAUUUUUGGUAAUUUAAGCAAAACUGAUAAGCACACUAACAUUAAUUUGUUACAUUACAGUUCGGAUUGGAAUUUAGAACCAAGUCUUAGCAUUGGUCAAUUAUUUUGGCUACUUUUCAUUGUCAUUCCAUCUUUAACAUUAUCUUUAAUUGAUAGGCGAGUGGAAAGAAACCAACCGUUACGUGAGCCACCGAUUAAGCGUAAUAAACUAUUUACUAAGAAGAGAUGCUUACGCUUUACUUUAGUGACUUGUUCUCGUUUCAUACCGUCACUGUUAAUUUGUCUAUUUUGCGAAAUUGGUCAUCUUUUAUGGGCUCAACAGCUUGAAGAUUGUCACCAAUCAUUUCACAGUAUUUAUACAAAUAAGUUUAAUGGAACAAAUACCCUAAUUAACGAUUCCAAGUCAUAUACUAAAACACUAUCAUCAUCUUAUGCCCUUCAAGAAUCAUGUCUAUCCAAAUUGUCUAUAUUGAUAUACAGUUUAAAGGAUUAA